AUGCCCGUCUUCCAAUAUUCUCCUCUGGAUCAAGGGCCUUUCAGCACUCGCAUACUUCGUCUGCUCCCAAGCAAGGACAGAGCCGCUCCGAUCGCAUGCCAGCUUUCCAAUUAUUCUCUUCUGGACGAUACUGCCCAAGAGUAUGACGCCCUCUCAUACGUAUGGGGAGAUAAGGCGGACGGGCAGUGCAACAUCUCAAUCAACGACCAGGCUUUCUCAGUCGGGAAGAAUUUACACUCCGCCCUCCUUAGGCUUCGAGGCCCUAAUUUUGAACGGACAUUAUGGGUCGACGCAGUUUGCAUCGACCAGAACAACAUGCGAGAGAAAGAGGAGCAAAUCCAAAACAUGGCGCGCAUAUAUGAGCAAGCCAGCCAGGUGAUGGUGUGGUUGGGCGAGGAGGCGGAUAAUAGUACUCGGGCCUUAGAAGCUAUCCGUGUAGCGGCAGAGGGAGUGUUUGCUGGAGAGCCUUAUGUUCUGCCAUCAGAAAGCAUCCCCAUUGAGGGAGUAAAAAGUCUGUUCCAGCGGAGAUGGUUUUAUCGCAUGUGGAUUCUCCAAGAAGUAGGUCUCGCUCGGAAUAUUCAGAUACAGUGUGGACCCGUCAGAAUGAGCGGUUACACAUUUGCCACGGGCAUUCAAGCAUGGGGCUCGUAUGCUGGCCCCUGUGUGCUGAGUACCACACGUCUGAUUCGUGGAGCAAUCUUUCGACCUCAGUAUGGAACGCUUUCAAUGAACAAGCUCUCCCUGGCCGAAUUGGUCAAUAUGCAUCAUACGAGCGAGGCCUCUAUUCUGCAUGAUAAAAUCUAUGCUUUACUGGGACUGAGUUCUGAUUCCCAUAAAGCACCUGGUCUGUUACCCAAUUAUCAGGUGUCCUGGGAGCAGCUCUUCCAACGAUUAAUCCGGUUUCUCCUGAAUGAACAGGUCUCGGUGAAGACCUGGCCUGGUAGGGAAAUUGCAGGCAUACAGUGCAGUGGGCGGAUCUUGGGUUUCAUUGUCACCGCGGAUGACACGCACACGAAGACCAAUUUACAAGUGCUUUUGACUGGGGUGGCUAAUACGGGACACAAGAAAUUGUGGAAAGUAAAAUGGACCAUCAGGAAAUCAGUGGAAUCGAUCAAGCCAAUGGAUAUUGUAUGCCUCCUGCAGGGAGUUCCAGAUCCAUCCAUCAUCAGAUACACUGAUGGUUGUUUCAGAGUGGUCGUGCUAAGGGCCGUUCUCCAGAAGACAUACGGAGCAGGAAGUGCAGAUUUCCAACAAAUACGGUCCCAGAACAAUCGUCCAUCUCGAAGCCUUCACCUUAUAUGGAGUUGGGAAGAGCAGAUAUCACCUUCCUCAGCUAUACUCGACUUGGCAGCAGAGGCUGUUGGACUUGGAACGUACUCGGCAAUCAGGAAGGUUCUGUGGGACACUAAUGUGGCAAUGCACGAGACAGCAUACAAUUAUAACAAUACUUACUGGCCAGCCAUGCUCGCUGCCGAAGACAUUCUCCGGCUACUUGCAGAACGACUCGGAUAUCGGGAUCUAACGACACGGAGGGCCUUGUACAGCGUAGCGCUCUUGUACUCCAAGGGAAAUAUUGGCGACAAGAGAAUACCACUACUAAACCUCGAUCGAACUAAAGCAAGAGAUAUAUUGCAGCGGAUGUGCGGAAUCCGACUUAAAAAAGAUUUCGCGUUGUUGGUUGGACGUGACUACUUUCGCCGGAUGUACAUCAAUGAACCGGGUUUUGUUUCUGGAGAUAUGGAGGUACCCUAUAACGUAAGGUUCACGACAUCAUUGGAGGAUCUGCUACGUGAGAUUGAGCACAGGCCCACAUUGAAGCUCUCUCCAUUGUUUUGA